CGAGCAACCUCCCAUGCCAGCCCUAUAACAUCCUUUAAAAAAUGACUUUAGUCAUGUUAUCUGGUUAGCAUUUCAGCGAAUUCAGUUUAAAUGACUUCAGUUCUGAAUUCCUGGGUUAUACCAAAACGGAGCAGAUGGCGGUGUGUGGGCUUUGAGCUCGUAAAUUUUUUAUGUGGUAGUAAUUCAAGACCAAUGAAGGCAGGUUGGGAUCGUUUAAAAAAGGCUUCUCUAGGAGGAAUCCCCAAGUUGCACCCGUAUUUUUCCGGGUGCCCCCCGGAGGCUUAGGUUGCGGGGUGACCUUUUUGAGCGUGGAGGGAAGGGGUGCUUCUUUAGUCUCAGGAGUGAUGCACGUUUCCACUCAAGCCUGACAGAACCAAACCUUCUCCCUGGAGCCGGGCGAUGGCUCCGCCGGGGUCUCUGAAGCGGGGUCCCGGAGCAGGAGAGCUGGGUGUGUGGGCGUGGGCCGCCCCGGCUGCCUAGACUUGGGCUGCGCGGCUCCGAAGCUCCAUUCUUGCUCCCAAGCGGCCGCCAGAUUUCCCCAGCUGACACCUCACAGCCCCGCCGCCUCCGCCGGGCAGCCAGAAGCGCACAUCUGCCUCCGGCCGGGACCCGCCCCCGAGCCGCGGCGCCCACGCCCAGAGCCGUCCGUCUGCCCCAGCGCAGUGCAGCAGAGCGCGCUCCCGUCCGCGGCCGGGCCGCGCUUCCGCGCACGCGCGCAGAAACCCGCGCCCUCCGAGCGGGAGGGGGCACAGGGGGCGUCACGGGGGCAAGGGAAGAAGGAGGCAGCCGCGUCGCCUCUGGCGGGGCUCGCGCUCGCGCUCGCCCUCGCCCUCCGCCUCGCCGGAGCCCCGCGAGGGUGAAACGCUUUCUCCCGGCAUGCAGCGGGAGGAGGGAUUUAACACCAAGAUGGCGGACGGCCCGGAUGAGUACGAUACUGAGGCGGGCUGUGUGCCCCUUCUCCAUCCAGAGGAAAUCAAACCCCAAAGCCAUUAUAACCAUGGAUAUGGUGAACCUCUUGGACGGAAAACUCAUAUUGACGAUUACAGCACAUGGGACAUAGUCAAGGCUACACAAUACGGAAUAUAUGAACGCUGCCGAGAGUUGGUGGAAGCAGGAUAUGAUGUACGGCAACCAGACAAAGAAAAUGUUACGCUCCUUCAUUGGGCUGCCAUCAAUAACAGAAUAGAUUUAGUCAAAUACUAUAUUUCGAAAGGUGCUAUUGUGGAUCAACUUGGAGGCGACCUGAAUUCAACUCCAUUGCACUGGGCCACAAGACAAGGCCAUCUAUCCAUGGUUGUACAACUAAUGAAAUAUGGUGCAGAUCCUUCAUUAAUUGAUGGAGAAGGAUGUAGCUGUAUUCAUCUGGCUGCUCAGUUUGGACAUACCUCAAUUGUUGCUUAUCUCAUAGCAAAAGGACAGGAUGUAGAUAUGAUGGAUCAGAAUGGAAUGACGCCUUUAAUGUGGGCAGCUUAUAGAACACAUAGUGUGGAUCCAACUAGAUUGCUUUUAACAUUCAAUGUUUCAGUUAACCUUGGUGACAAGUAUCACAAAAACACUGCCCUGCAUUGGGCGGUACUAGCAGGGAAUACCACAGUCAUUAGUCUUCUUCUGGAAGCUGGAGCUAAUGUUGAUGCCCAGAAUAUCAAGGGUGAAUCAGCGCUUGAUUUGGCAAAGCAAAGAAAAAAUGUGUGGAUGAUCAACCAUUUACAAGAGGCAAGGCAAGCAAAAGGAUAUGACAAUCCAUCUUUCCUUAGGAAGUUAAAAGCUGAUAAGGAAUUUCGGCAGAAAGUAAUGCUAGGAACUCCUUUCCUAGUUAUUUGGCUGGUUGGGUUUAUAGCAGACCUAAAUAUUGAUUCUUGGCUCAUUAAAGGGCUAAUGUAUGGUGGCGUUUGGGCUACAGUACAAUUUCUUUCAAAAUCCUUUUUUGAUCAUUCAAUGCAUAGUGCAUUGCCCCUUGGGAUAUAUUUGGCAACCAAAUUCUGGAUGUAUGUGACAUGGUUCUUCUGGUUUUGGAAUGAUCUCAACUUUUUAUUUAUCCAUCUUCCAUUUCUUGCCAAUAGUGUUGCACUUUUCUACAAUUUUGGAAAAUCUUGGAAAUCAGAUCCAGGGAUUAUUAAAGCUACAGAAGAACAAAAGAAAAAGACAAUAGUUGAACUUGCAGAGACAGGAAGUCUGGACCUCAGUAUAUUCUGCAGUACCUGCUUGAUACGGAAACCAGUAAGGUCCAAACAUUGUGGUGUGUGCAACCGCUGUAUAGCGAAAUUUGACCAUCAUUGCCCAUGGGUGGGUAAUUGUGUAGGUGCAGGCAACCAUAGAUACUUUAUGGGCUACCUAUUCUUCUUGCUUUUUAUGAUCUGCUGGAUGAUUUACGGUUGUAUUUCUUACUGGGGUCUGCACUGUGAGACCACUUACACCAAGGAUGGAUUUUGGACAUAUAUUACUCAAAUUGCCACAUGUUCUCCUUGGAUGUUUUGGAUGUUUCUGAACAGUGUUUUUCAUUUCAUGUGGGUGGCUGUAUUGCUCAUGUGUCAGAUGUACCAGAUAUCAUGUUUAGGUAUUACUACAAACGAAAGAAUGAAUGCCAGAAGAUACAAGCACUUUAAAGUCACAACGACAUCUAUUGAAAGCCCAUUCAACCACGGAUGUGUAAGGAAUAUUAUAGACUUCUUUGAAUUUCGAUGCUGUGGCCUCUUUCGUCCUGUUAUCGUGGACUGGACCAGGCAGUAUACGAUAGAAUAUGACCAAAUAUCAGGAUCUGGGUACCAACUUGUGUAGCAACAUCUUUAUCCUAUGAAGCAUAUUGCUGAGUGGUGCCUGAAAAUUGUGUCUGUCCGUGUCUCUCUCACACUCGAAUCCACAUCCUUUGAACAAGAGCAUGCUAUGUGUAGGGCUAACAGUGAAUUUUACAGUCUUUUUUUCAACACUUUUAUUAACAAAAGUAAACAUGGACAGAACACACUGCCAUUUCUGGGAAGAAUAAAGAUCGUAAAGAGAAUUUUAAUGGUUCUUAAUGUGGAAAUUCACAACAUACUCAACUUUUUCGUUUUGUUCUCAUAGUACUUUUCACGAAAAAAGGGUGAACUUAUUUUUUUGACAGAAGUGAUAUACUGACCAGAAAUGUUCAGUUUUAGCUAAAACUAAAUUUACAGUAAAUGGCUAAAUUUUAUGAUGCAGUCUACUAAAAGUUUUGCAUCUAAUUCCAGGAGAAUUGUCUUACGUUGAUUGACUAGUAUUAUGUACAUUUUAGAAUGUACAUGUAAAUACUGUGAUGAAAAUCAUGUGGUUUUAUUAGAGGUCUACUGUAAUAUGUCUUCAAAGGCACGAGAAAAUAACGUUCACAAUAAAAUGUGCUAACAAUAUUUUGUUUCUAUCAGCUGUUGCAGUGCUGAUAUAUUUCUAGUUCAGUGAAAUAAUUUGUAAUAACCUUGUUCUGAGGUUUUAUGGUCUGAUAAUGAAGCACUUGCAUGAGUAUAGUAAGUUACAUUAUUUUGUUCAAAUUUAAAAGCCCUACUAAGUGCAUGAUACACCACAUAGAAUGUAUACUAGCAGAUACUUCCAGUGAAGAAUAAAUUAGAAUUUAAUUUGAUGUUCAAGUGGUCCAAUUUUUAAAAGAGUUGAGGUGAUAUUUUCAAGAAAAGGCAGAACAAAUAAUGCAAAAUUCUCAGUAAUAUAGAUAAAUGGAUAUACUUCUUUUGAAAUUCUGAGCUGCAAAAUAAAUUAUAGACAAAAUAAUGGAGUUUACAUAAAGAGGUAGCAUGAUCUCUGUACAUAGCAUAUGUGAAUAAAAGAAAUGCUAAUGGUAUAUUCUGGUUUCCAAAAAAAAUGACCUAUCAGAAAGUAGAAUUUAAUCCCCAAGAUUAUUUCCAUUUUCCCAUUAUUGAAUAUGUUUUGAAAUUUGUUAAUUCUUUCUGAAACAAUUUCAGAAAGAUUUUCUUACUGUUAAAUGUGAUGCACUGAUCAAUUUUUGUUGCAGCAUUUCCAUACCUUCAUGGUGAAGUAGUCACUGCUUCCAUAACUAUUGUUUACAGAGCGAGAUUUGGUUUAGUCAUCUUAAGUGCUGUAGCAUACUGUGGUUCGAGCAACCUGUGGGAAACCUGUGAGAGGGAAUGGGGUGGGAGAGGGGAAGGGAGUGUGGUCAGACUGAUGACAGAUCCUCGACCAGUGUAAAGAAUGUGUAUCUGUAUAUAAAUAAUUUAUCAAAUAGUUUUCUCUUUGUGUCUGUAUGUAUUAGUGUUUUUAAAGCUGCUCAUUUCAUUUUAUCCAACCAAAAAGAAAAGGGAGAUAACUAAUGAGCUUCUAGUGAUGUUCAAAAUUGCUGUUAAUAGGCAUUAUACCCUGCAAGUUCACUGCAUGUCUGAUGCUUGGUAAAAUUAGUAUUCUCUGUAAAAUGCAGAUUACAGGUAUUAAAGCAAUCUAGUGGUAUACUCGCCCCUUGCCUUAGUAAGAGGAGCAGUGAAAAUGUAUAUAGUUGACAUUCAGUAUUUCCAAGUACCAUUUUUAUAUAGUAGUUUAUUUGACCAUAAGUCACACAUCAAAAAGAUUACCCUUAGUGUAUGUGAGUGUUUUAAUAUUAGAAAAUUGGCAUAUGUGCUUUAUUUUUGAAAAGGGAAGAGAUGGGUGUGGGGUGGCAAUAGCAUUGUGCCAUUUUGUCAUAGAAUGUAAAAAUUGGUUAACUUUACAAAUGUUUCUGCUAGUUUUGACUACUAAUUGGGGGAAAUUUUAGAUAAUUUUUAAAUUCAAAGUUAUUUAUACAAUGUUAGAAUUUGUUUUAAUUUUGUAUUUUGAGCCACUUCACAUGAAGACUCAGUUGCAAUUUUUAUCGAAUACAUUUUUACCUACAGUUGAAGACUAUGGUGGUUUUUUCAGAGUUUGGAUAAGAAUGUUGUCACCAUGCUCUUUCUUUGUGGUACAAUAUUCUUUUCAGUUCAAAAGAAAUGUCUUUCAGUUACAUAGACAAAAACCUCUAGAAAUUACAUGGAAAAUAUUAGCAAUGUGAAUGCAUCAGGAGUAACCAUCUCAUAGUACCAGUGAAAUCUAUAACUCAGAAAUGGUUGGAUGGCUAGGAGCCAGCUAUGCAGCAGUGUGCCGUCUGUUUAAUUAUUCGGUAGGUCCUGCGUGUAGAACCAACUAAUUAAACCCAGUUCUAAAGUUGUAUAUGAUGGUGAACCUUUUGGGAAUAGUUCAUAUCAGCUUAAUUGGAUAUUUUUAGCAAAUAGGAACUUAAUUCUCAGCUCUGAACAUGAAUUACUUCUUUGGAGUUUUUGUUAAUAUUUUUGUUUCCAGGAGUUUAUUUGAAAUAUUAAUAGGCAUAAAACAGCAUCAUUAUACUUAAGCUAUGGAUAUUUUUAUUUUAUAUUUUCUUUAUUUAUAACUGUGCCAAGUAUUAUUUUGCUACUUACUGUGUUACUCUGUGAAAGAAAAACCUGUAAAGUGUUUAAUAAAUUAGCUCUCCUUACAUAAAUUAAAUCUGUCAAAUUUUGUAAAAUAUUAAUCAGAAUAAAUACUGACUCUUAAGUGUG